ACGUCUGAUUUUCUACGAUUAAUGUCAGUAGAAUAUAUUUCAAUUAAUUUGUCAUCGGUACUGAGCACAGAAAGAUGUUACCGGUGAUCUUUGCACUGAGCUAAACUAGAUGUCGAGAAACGACUUUCGUCCUAAGACGUUGAAAUUUGCGAGAAAUAAUCCAACUUUGAGAAGUCUGAUGGCUGACUCUCAGAAGUUGAAGCUCAAUCGCUCCAUAAUAUCGAUUUCUAAUGGUGGGAGCGGAGGAAGUUCAGACGGCCGCAAAGAGCUUGUUGUCCUGGGAAUCGCUCUAGAUUCACUUCCGAAGUCAGCCCAGUUCUUUGUUUGUUGUGGUGGAGUUUUCGUAUUUUAUCUGAUAUAUGGAUAUGUUCAGGAAUGGAUCUUUAGAACAGGAAUGAAACCAUUUGGUUGGUAUCUCACUCUUGUCCAGUUUGCUUGGUAUUCAAUAUUUGGAAUAUUUGAAACCAGCUUUAAAAAAGACAAAACAAGAAAAAUUCCUCUGAAGACAUAUUCACUUUUAGCAUUCUUGACUGUGGCCACAAUGGGACUCUCUAAUACAUCUCUUAGCUAUUUAAAUUAUCCUACACAGGUCAUUUUUAAAUGUUGUAAGUUAAUUCCAGUGAUGAUCGGAGGCAUUAUUAUACAAGGAAAAUCCUACAGACUCCUUGAUUUUCUGGCUUGCCUGAGUAUGAGCAUUGGCUUAAUACUCUUCACCUUAGCAGACAGCACUGUCCAACCAGAGUUCAACCAUACUGGGGUAGUUUUGAUCUCAAUGGCCCUGUGCGCUGAUGCUGUUAUUGGGAAUGUACAAGAGAAGGCCAUGAAGGCACACAAGAGCUCAAACACAGAAGUGGUAUUGUAUUCUUACAGUAUUGGAUUUGUUUAUAUUUUCGUUGGUUUGAUAUUUUCUGGCGGGCUUGGACCAGCAUUCAAAUUUUGUGCACAGAAUCCGUUCCAAGCCUACGGAUUAUCAUUCCUCUUCUCAAUCUCUGGAUAUCUAGGAAUAACAUUUGUCUUAACUCUUAUAAAAGCGUUCGGUGCUCUUCUCGCUGUUACAGUGACGACUGGCCGGAAAGCUGUGACGAUGGUAUUAUCUUUCAUAUUCUUCGCAAAACCAUUCACGAUUCACUACGUUUGGUCUGGUUUCAUAGUUCUUCUUGGGAUUUUUCUGAAUGUUUAUAGUAAAAAUGAAACACGAAUCAACGCAUGGCUUGCUCAAAAUGGAUCGCAGUAUUUAAAGUUGUUCUUACGAAGACAAAAGGGAACUCCUUUUAUGGAAAACGUUUGAUAUGAGAUGAGAAGUUCUAUUUAUCAUGGCGCAAGGGAGUUAUGCCAGGAUAUUGAGAUGUCUUUUUGCGGUGUGGAAAAAUUUCCUGAAACUGGAAAGAUAUUACGAAAUAUUAGUUUGGUGAGAUAGAAAAGUACAGAAGAGGCAAGAAUAAAAAACGGGGGAAUAAGGAUUGUUUAGGAUGGAGAAGAUUUAGACGGAUUGAAGAUUAUGAACUUGAAAAUUUCAGGGCAAAUAUUUCAAGAUGCGUAAACUAUGAACUUGUCUCAAAAGGGGUUGUCUCUAUUAAAGCAAAUAUCUCGCUGAUGCAGAGAGUUUUCGAAAGUCUCGAUAUCUCUCCACAGAGUGCUCUGCAUAUUUUGCUCUGCUUCUAACAGUCAAAGCUUUUCCAUUUCCUCGCCUGUAGACUGCUAGGAAUCUGCUUUUCUCUUGAUGAAUGGAGCGAGAGACUAAGUCGAGGAAAGAUUGGGCACCAGGCCUUAGUUGUUCAAACGGUGGAUAUAACGCUAUCUACUGGCUAAAGUACCAUCCAGCGGAUAGCAUGCUUUGUUUUGUAAACGCUUAACCGCUGAAUGGUUUUAUCCAGCCUUAAAACAAGCUGGGCCAGAUCGACUAGAGAGGCUGUUUCGCGACCCAAUCUUUUCUCGUUCAAACGUCAGUUGUCAAUUUGCCUAUCGUCGGUGCUUUUGGGUUCAUACGAUGAUAGACAGACAACGAGUUCACUUCUAGCUCAGGGGAAGGAUGUACAAUUUACGCUUUUAGAGAGGUGUUUUCUUGAAAAUUAGUUUUAAAUAUUAAAGCUACACAAAUAUUGGAUCACUUAUCUCAUCUGAGCAAUUGCGCACCUACCCCUUCCUUAACCCAACUUCAAUUCUAACCAGUUGUCAGUUUACUGUUGUUGGGGGGGAGGAGAGUGGGGGUGGGGUGUAGGUACGUUGUUGCUCAGAUACUGACAGCGACUUGAAAUCUUUACAUGAAAAUUGGGAAAAACUAAUCAUUUGAAACAUCGUAAAUUAUGGUUUUGAAAAGAGGGCCGUGAUGUGAUCAAUCUUUAUUUAUUACAUUUUUUGGAUUUGUUCAUGAAGUUGACCUUUUGAGCUUGUCACGAAAAGCUAUUUCCUCAAAAAAAAAAAUGAAAUAUCGAGAGAGAGGCCUUAAUCUCUUCGCUCUCAUCGUCAGUAAUGUCCGAUUUCAGCAAAUUUGUUUGAUAUGAUAUUUAUAGAUUAUUUCAUGGGGAGGGUACGCGUACGGUAUUUUCGCAUGAGUUAGUAUUUUCGCUCAAAAUAGUAAACUAAGAGAUGCGACUAUUUUUUCAUUAUAGAGAAAUAUUUGGUUGAAAGAUUUAAGUACUUUGAUAUAUGAACGAUAUUCUUUGUCCCUGCGUAAUACUUUCAUGGUACUAAUGAUUUUCCUUCUCCAUCUCUGCUUUCUUUGGUGGAAAGCAUUUAUGAUCGGUUGUAUCGUGGGAAGUAAUGAGUUUUAUGUGUGUUUUUUUUAGGGUGGUUUUACCCCCGUUGUGUCCUUUGCUGUAUGAAAAAAUAAAGGCGGAAAUUUAAUUUGA